UCCGUAACCGCAUUCUCAGCCCUAAUGACCGACCCAGAGAAAUUAACCGCCUUGAAGAAGGCUUACGCUGAGACAAUACUGAACACAGCCAAGGAAGCGGCGGCGCGUGUUAUGAUUACUGAGAAGAAAGCGCGUGGGUAUCAGCAGGAGCUUGCGGCGGUUAGAGAUGAGGCUCUCCGUACAUGUCUUAGGCUUAAACAGAUGUAUGAUUCUAAGGUUAAGGAGGCAGAAAUGAUAUCUUUGAAGAAGCAGCAAAAGAUUGAGGAACUUGAAGCUCAACUUGGAGAAGCUGAAGAUAUAGUAGGAGAGCUAAGGACGGAGUUACGAGAAUCUCGGUAUCUCCUGGAGAAAUUGACAAAUGGUUGUCAAACAAAUCUUAGCAAAGAAGAGAAAACCCCCGAUGAAGCAGUUUCUUUAGAAGUUCGCGAGGACUCUAGCAACCAUGAGAGAUCAGUUGUGGCUAAUGGGAUUAAACCACAUAUGAGUGAUAAAGAUCUUAAUAUUAACCGGUGUUCUUAUAAAGAGAAUAAAGAUCCUUGUCUUUAUACUCUUCCUUCCAUACUAAGUAGACGCAGAGAAGCUGAGGCGUUGGAAAGGAACAUGGGCAAUGGAGAUUGUGCUGAUGUGGAAUCACUUACAGAAGCAGGGAAGAAAGAAGAGAAAGAGAAUGAUAUUGAGCUUUCUACUACACCUUUGUCGCCUUCUGAGAAACCGUGUAUCAAAUUCUCGUAUAAGAGGAAGCGCAGCAACAGCAACAGCCCUGAAGGAGGAGGUUCCUCCUCACAAGAUGAUGAUGAUGAUGAAAGCAGAAACAGGAGACAGAAGACUGGUGAGAAAGACAACGCUUACCUGGAUUCUUUCACCAGUACUGAACCAUCUCGUGAUAGUCGACGUGUAGCUCAGGUCGCUCGUCAGCUUUUACCAUUCUCAGAGAAGAAAGUGUUGCAGCAGAGCCAAUGUGAUGAUGUCCCUUGACUCACAAGUAAUCUUCGAAGAUUCCUGUCAUCGAUUCAUUUGAUCCUUCUGGGAGAAAAUGGUUGACUAGAGAAAUUAGCUGUAGUAGUAAGAUUAGUAGCAUAUAUACCCCCGUUUCUCAGCUUGUAAAACUAAUGGGAAAAGGCUAAUUUUGGUCGUUAAUUUUGACUUUUUA